AUGUCUGGUCCUCACACCCUCCACAACGCGCUUUUGCGCCCUCCCAUCAUCCAAAUCCUUCGCGCUGCAGGCUAUCACUCAUCGCGUCCCUCGGUCAUCGAUACCCUCGCCGACCUCACAAUCCGAUAUUUACUGCUUCUUGGAUCAUCCGCAGCUGAACAUGCCGCAAACAGCCAUCCGGACGAUCCAGUACCGACUCUCCAGGACAUUCAACUCGCAUUACAAGACGUAGGCGCUUUAAGACCGCAGAUGAAAGACUUUGAAGAAGACUGGCGCGGCGAAGAGGACUUACGCGGUCUGGAAUCUUUCAUAUCAUGGUUCUCAGGACCAGUAAACCGCGAAAUACGACGAAUUGCUGGUUACAUUCCUACUGAAGGCGACGUUGUGGACGCUGAUAUGCUAGAGAAGGAAGAUUAUUUGACAGCCUUGAAGAAAAAACACAGCAAAACGGGCGAAGAAUCUCGAUAUGCGGGUACGGUUUUGGGUAGAGAUGCGGAGGAGCAUCCUAUUAUCAUUGAGGGUGGCUCUGCGAUGAGUAUUGGAGAGUGGGCUUCGCAAAUCAAGACGCGCGAGCCAUUUGAUGAGUCCGAGCUCAAGCGUACUCAACGACUCGCGUUGUUGACCACAACGAGUGCGCCUCAACUUCGACGAACGUACCGCCUCGAUGGAAUCCAUACAUUGGACAUGGCAUAG